AUGGAGAAGGUAUGGUUAAAUUCUCUUGUAUUAUUUAACUUUCACCUGCUGUGACAGUAGAACAGAUUUGUGCAGCAUGCAACAACCUUCACGUGCAGAUCAAUGCUUCUUUAUUAAUUAGAAAGUAAAUUUCCAGUCCUGUUUCUUAUAAGUGUGAAUGAUAAGCACUCUGGAACUGUAAUUGAUUCUAGAAAUAAUCAAGCCUAACUCCUUGAUUUGCUCAAGGUGGACAAUCUUUAAUAGAAUAGUAAGACCAACUGCUCUCCUCUGCCCCCCCCCCCCCCCCCAAAGGCGUCAUAUCUUUGUUCUGGUAGCUAAAGUGGCGGGGGGACGGGGGGGAGGUCUGGUUAGGGAGUUGUCAGAAAUUAGCAGAGGGGGAGGGGGGCUGGGAAUCAUAAAUUUGGGUUAGGCAAUUAGUUGACCUAAACUUGAAAUGGGCGUGAAAUUUGCUUAUCCUCCCCUUGAAAAAAGACUAAAAUAUAAUGACCCUCUUCACCAUAAAGAAAUAAAAGAAUAAUUUCACGUCUUUUUUUUUUAAGGUUGAAUUAAAAACCAUUCUGAAAUUUUAUUGAUUUUUAAAAAAAACAAACCCACCCCCUUGUUUUUCUCCAAGGGGGCAAACUUUUAAAAAAAAAAAAAAACCACACCUCCCCCCCCCCCCCCCCCCCCCCCCCCCGCCACUUUAGCUACCAUAUCAAAGAUAUGACGCCUUUAAGUCUUCACUUCCAAUUCAUUCUGUUUAGGAUUGGAGCUAUAUGAAAUACCUAGACUUGUCAGGCCAGCUUUUAUUGCUGGUUUGCCCGUGUCACCAUGGCAGCCAUGUUUGGGGUCAAGAAAUAUAGUGCAGCGAAGGGAGUGGGGGGGGGGGGGAUACUCGCAUGAGUGGGCUUCAAAUUCUAGGUUAUUCACAUUCUCCUAUUUUUCUGUAUGAAUGUGAAGAUCAAUCCCUAAGUUUAAGAGGCUACCAUCUUGAAUGAACAUGGUGGAAGAAAUCUGCGGCAAUGCAAAUUGCCUAUGAGGGCAGUUGUGUGGAGCAACAGAACUCCCAAACAUGUCUGUUCUUAUUCUGGUACAGUACAUGUAUUUUAUAUCUGUCAUUGAGGUUGAGGGUAAGUGUGAAGUUUGGUGUCCUUGGGACCCAGAGGACUGUCCAUAGUUCAGAGGUGUCUAUAUUAUGGACAGAGAUAGGGAUUUUAAGAAGUUUGGUGUCCAUCCUUGGGACCAAGAGGUGUUUGUAUUAUGAGGGUAGGGAAUCUAUGAGGUUAGGUGUCUCUAGGACCAAGGGAACUGUUCAAAAUGCAAAAGUGUCUGUGUUGUGGAGUGAUGUGCAAGGAUUAUACUAAUGAAGAUUGGUGUUUGAGAUUUAGUAAACUCUCUAUAGAAAAGAGGGACAGGUUCAUCUCUAAUUUUUAUCAUCUUAACUGAUCAGGACGAGGACCAGAAAGGUGCCGCUGACCUUAAAUCAGAGGGAAAUGCGCAUUUUAAAGAUGGAAAGUAUGACUUAGCAGCUGCUUGUUAUACGCAAGCACUAAAACUAUUUUCUCAAGAUGAGAAGGAUACAGAAAAGCUGAAGGAAAGAGGAGUGAUUUUAAAGAAUCGAGCUGCUUGUUAUUUGAAGCUAGUAAGUGCUGGGAAAUAUGUUUUGCCCUGAAACACAAUUUAGAGUCAAAACACUAUUUUGGUUGACUGCUCUGCAGCCAAAUGAUAAUGAUUAUAGGGGUGAGGGGGGGGGAGGGCAAAAGGGGCAGGGGAACAGGGAGGUCCAAGCCUCCUGCUUCCUGUACCUUGUAUGCCCGCUCCUGCCCCUUUUUCUUAGCUUCCUCCCUUAUUUGAUUGUGAAAUAAUAUGUAUUGUUGCAUAAUUUCCUCCCACGUGUAUUUCUCCUACUUCCCACUCUUAUAGAACUCCUGCCUCCCGCAUUUCCCUUUCCUGCCUUCUAUCCCCCUGUUACCCCCCAUCUCCCAGACCCUGUCCUCCCCCGCUGUUUAGUCUACUUGCCAAUUUUGUAUUGCCCUUUAAAGUUUGCAUAAGCGUCACAGCUGUGCUCUCUAAAGACCUAAAUGAAGCUAAGUGCCCUAACAUUGUAAAACCCAGUGUACCCAUGAGUGUAAUGAUUUUUAUGCAAAAACUAUGAUUCCUAGUCUUCCUCCAAGAGCAAAAAUAAGGCCCAAGGUGGGCAAAUUAAUCCUUAAGCAUAUUUUCAUUCAAUUUCUUCUGGGUCCUGAAGAAACUGGAAACAAUGGGCACUUUUUGCUGGCAGAAACAAUGUCAAGACUUGAUUAAUUUUGUUAGUGAAUAUCAAUGUUUCACCUUUUUUAAUGCAAAUUAAAAAACUAUUUGUGUAGAUGUUAUUUCAGUCAUGUAUUCUAACUUUGCAAAAAAAAUUAUUUAUACUUCACAGGAAAAGUAUGAUAAGGCUGCAGAUGAUGCCACUGAAUGUAAGAACCAAGUAUUUUAAUUAAUAUUCAUUGAAUAAUCUAAUAAAAUAUUCUAUAAUGAUUCUAAGAUGUUGCACAUCUUUGAAAAGGGCAUAUGCAUUUUUGGGGAUAGGCAUGUCCCACUGUUGAAUUUAUUUUUGCGGUUCUUUUUACUUGUUUUCUAGCAUUGAAGCAUUUACCAAAUGACCCAAAAGCAUUGUUUAGAAAAUGUCAAGCACAGGAGAAGCUUGGUAAACUUGAAGGAGCAUUCCGAGAUGCAAGAACACUGCUUCAAAUUGAACCAAAGGUAUUUAUUCAGUCACACAUGAACGUACAGCACCAGCAAAAACUGUAACAUACCUGUACUCUAGUUAGACACCUUAUAGCUAUAGCAUGCUGUUGUUAUGGUGAUCAUAUGGAUUAUAGCAGUCUGUGCCUUUUAACUUCAGUGGCCUUUUAACUUUGUCAAACAGUUUAAAAUGAACUUUGUUCAUGCUUGUCAGAUGGUUACAAAAAAAUACAUUAUUCCUCACUUAUACCAAGAAUGGUUCUUUUGAAUAAUAAUGCUGAGAGAAAAGGUCUCUGAAUGCAGAAUUUAGUCUGGUCUUGUAUUGAGAGUGGUAAAAGGAAAACAGCUUCACUUAAGGCCUUGAGGAGGUUGAGUACAGCAUUCAUUUUAUUAUUCCUGUAGUGUGAAAAAUGGAAAAAAGUAUUAUAGUGAACAUCUACACAUAACUUUAUUAAUAAAAUACUGAUUUGUACCUAUACUGUACUUGAUUUUUUCUCCUGGCAUUAGUCGAUAAUUUAUUUAUUAUUUAUUUAUUUUUGUAGAAUACUGCUGUUCAAGAGAUGCUGAAAAGGCUUACUUCUCGACUCCAGGCAAAGGUAUCGCUUACUAAUAGACCAGAUAUGAUGAACAUCUGAUCAUGACUAUAAGGCUCUUUCCACACGUAUCCAGAUACCUUAAAAUUCCGAAAAUAAGCCCCUUUAAAUAUAAGCCCCCCAAACUCAUAAAACAAAAAAACCCUCCGAUAAAUUGCCCCUCCAAACACAAGCCCCUGGGGGCUUGUGCUUGGAAAUAUAUUGUCCUCAAAUUCAAAAUUUAAAAAAGUGAAAACUACACAGUAACACAUGAAAUAAUUUUUGCAUUUGCCAAAGAACCAUUACAUAUUGUGCCUAAUGAUUGCAGUCAAAAAGUGUCACUGACAAUAUAUUGCUGUUUGCAUAGUUCAAAUCCAAGCCGAGACUGUAAAUGUUUUUGAUUAUUCAUUCUUCUGUAUUAACAGGGUGACCGUGUUCGCACCACUGAUGGUCUUGUGGAUGAGAUGUUUACUGCCAUUUAUAGUAAUGAAGACAGUGAAGAGAGAAAAGCACAGGUACAAUAAUAUUUUUAUUACUGGUCAAAUUUGAUCUCAGGGUAAUCUUGAUUUGAUCUAGGUUGAAUCUCAAUUUUCUUUGUCUCUUAGCCCUAGAAGACAAUGAGAAUUAUGAAGCAACCUUUUUUUUUAAAAAAAACUUUUGACAUGAAAUCAAAUUUGACCUGUAACAUGUACCAUGAACUGUACUUAAAUUAUUGCACUGUUUUGCAGCAGACUUUUUUGGAAAUUUAAAGGAAAAGGAAAGAAGCCUAGGCUACAAUUUAGUAGAUUAAAAGGUACCAAGAGUGCCAGUUUCACACAGCAUAGCUUGGGGAAUUCCUCCUGUCCAUUGGGAGGGGAGAGGAAGGGGGAGUCUUCCCAGAGGUAAAUUGCCCUUCAGUGGCAAGGAAAAGAGUUUUAGCCUUGAGGAUGAAUUAGUAAACUGAUAUCUAAACAUUAAGAUGUGAUAAUUAUUGUGGUGAGUUCUUAAACAGAAAAUGCAAUGGAGUGCUGCCAUAAUUUAUUCUUGUUAAUGUGAAUAUUUAACAUUUAUUUUUCAGGCGGUAAAGAAUCUUGUUAUUUUGGCCAAUGAUGAGCCAGGAGCACAGAGAAUAUUCCGAGGAGGUCUGAUGUACAAAAUGUUAUAAUUUUCUAGCCAGUUAGGCUUAGCAUGCACAAGAUACAUGUAUUUUCAAAUAAACUUAAAUGAACUAAACUGCAAUUAUAUUAUCCUUUUAUACCCAGGAGUGAAUACAAUCUCAUUCCUAGGGCUCUCUCUUACUGGGCAAGUAAGAGAGAAUGGGAUGGGGACCUAAGAACUUUCAUUUCCACAUUUUCACAUAUUGUUUUCUUUGCACAAUUUUUGGCAAUGAUAGAGUUUUUGCAUCCUCUUUCGUGACAGGUGAAUUACCCAGAGUUAUUUCACUUUUGAAUAGUGGAUCAAAUGAACAGAAAGUGUCGAUGUUGAAAGUUCUGAAAGGGCUGUGUACAAACUCAAAAUUGAGGGUAGGUAUAGUAGUAAUAGAUAUAUUCGUUCCUUUGGGUUUGUGAUCAUAAGAUCUUUCUGAUCUUACUGCAAUGAAGGCGGAAUCCCUAAUCAGUUACAACUAGGCAUUUAGUGUCCAUUGCAACAUAGUGUUGUCAUGCAGUGCUUCCCCUGUUGUUUGACAGCACUCUGAACUUGGCUGCAAAUGAGACUGUAGAACGUAAGCUGCUUAAACGUGGAGUAAUGUUGUUGUUUUACUUUAUUGUGAUUGUUGUCUGUAAUCAAAGUCCAUUCAAGUUAUAUAUAGCAUUGUAAUAAUACUAUACUACUACAUUGUCUUUUAUUUGUGGGACUGUCACGGUGAAAUUGCUUUUAGUUUUCAAGAAGGUUUCACACAAUAUUAUUGUUCAGCCUAGCCAAGUAUUUAAGUUAAUUGUGGGAACCUUUUCUCUCUUCUCAGUCUUUUUCAGUGCUUAAAGAAGUUACUCUACCAAGACUGUUAACCCUUAUUGAAUCUGUAAGUACCAAUCGUGUGUGAGCUACCUGAUGGAAUACAUGUUUCCCCUGCUCUUGAACUGACCAUUACCUUAGUUAGUCCCCAGUUUUGAAGUACAAAUUCUCCUUUCCUAUCCCAUAUAUUUCUUUUAUAAGUAGAGGGAAGAAUUAAGUACUAUCAGAAACUCAUAAGUUUCUGGUACUAAAGUUAAUAAUAUUAUUAUGAGAAUUAAUUUUGGGUGAUCAUACAUGUACCAUUGAUUCUUGUGGCACACAAAAACUGUUUGAAAGUAAGUCCAAUAAAUGAGAAGAUUAGCGGGGAGUUAACUUUGUCUUAUCUAAUCAUUGUUUUUUGUUUUGUUUUUCUCAGCCUGUGACAGAACUGGCAAUGGCUGCUGUGUUGGUUCCACAGCAAGCUCUAGAUUCACUCAUUCCAAAACCUCCAAAUAAAAAAGACAACAAAAACCAAGAACCACCAAAAGAACUAGGUAAUCCUGUCAUUGAGUGAAUAAAUAAAUAAACAAAUAACAAUUUAUUGGUAGCACAUCCACAUAGUGGUUCUUCAUCAACCACUCCUGGUCAAAUUGGAAUUUGGAAAUGUUAGUUUUUGAGGAGAGGGGAAAACCUAAGAACCCAGAGAAAACCUCUCAGAGUAAAAGGGAGAAUCAACAACAAAUUAAACUCAACCCACAUUUGCCAUCAAUGUCCGGAUUGAACACUGUCACAUGGGUGGGAGGCGAGUGCUCUCACCGCUGCACGAAACUAUAGUAAUAUUAUAGUGCCAUCUAAGUUUGACGUUAUUAAAAUAAAUAACAAAUAUUAUUAGUUUAAGUUUGACCUUCAUUUUAAUUGUUUUUCUUUCUUUCAGAGAAUAAAGAGGAAGUUCAAGGUCUCAUAAUGUUGAUUCUGGAUGCUGUUAUGAGUGAAAAGUGAGUUCUUGAAUAAAUUUCAUAAUUAUGCCAAUUAACUACAGAAUUUAAAAUGCACUAAUUUCCUUUUUCACCACGUCUCCCGCCUUCAUCUUCAACAUCCAUUUGUUUUUAAUUUUGAGGAUGAAGACUGUAUGCAUGUAGCUGUUUAUACAUGGAAUCAAUGUAAAGCGUACUUAUAGUUGAUCAUUGUCAUUGUCACAGUAUUGUUCAAAUUAAUUGUUGCCAUCGUCAUAAUUUUUGCUCCAGGGUUGGUGCGGAAGGUCGAGAUGCUGUCAUUGAUGUUCUUAUCAAAGUUAUUCCCAAAAACAAACUGGCUGUAGAACUCUUUGUGAAACUUGGAGGUGAGCUGUUGUGGGCCUUUAACCUUUCACUCCCAUGCCAAAAGUGCCAAAAGUCAAAAUUCAUGAUCAAAAUUCCCAAACUUUUAUUUUGUUUAAGGCUGAAAUACAAAUAUUACCAGGUGAAAGUACUGGGAAAGAGGUUUCAUUUGAAUGUUCACACCACAGAUUCAAACUUUAGAACUUCACACUAAAUAAAAUUAAUAGUACCUUGUGAAAGUUAACUGCUCAGUAGCUUUUAUUUGAAUGGUUACACCACAAGAACAGUUUAAUACCCUAUCGGAUUUCAUUCAUGGACUUAAAAGUUUGAACAACCUUACAAGACUCCAUUAUCCUAGCCUGAAUUUUAGCCAUCUCUUUGAGUCGCAAUCUUCAGAGAAAAGCAUCUGUACUCUCUCUUUCUCUACACAGGAGUGCGUAAGCUGAUGGUUGUCGCUGCUGCCACAGCUGGUGUGAAAUCACAGGACAAUGAAUCUCUUGUGGUAUCAAACAACACCAGAAUGCACAUAUCUGUUGCCUUGGCGAAAAUGGUAGACUCCUUUGGGUUAGUUUUGAUCUUAACGAUAUUGUGUAGCUGCUGAUAGGCUUGUUAUUGUUUGUAUGGCACCUUUGAGCAGGAUUAUUGGUGGCAAUAUCAACAGUGCUUUGGAUGUAAGCUUACUGACCGCAAUAAUGUUUUUAGUACAUGUACGUUGCCGGUAAAAAUAAAAAAGAGAAAUAAAGUCUGACUCAUCAGCGUCUAAAGCUCACACCUCUUGAAGCUUGUCAUGUUGCUGAGAAAUCUUAGUGGGGGUUGUGAGGGAAGCAAGGGUUUGAACACACCCCUGUUAACAAUGUGUUCUAGCUUGUUCUGGGUUUGAAUCCUGAUAGCCUGUGAGCAACCACUCGAUUUGGAAAUAUCAAGAGUCUUAGGUCCAACGUGAGAUUGCUUCUUGCUUUCCUUGCCACUCGCUUGUGACCUAGACUACCAAACAAUCAUUUUUUGUUUUCUUUAUCUUUUGCACAAAGUCGGUUCCACUCUCCGUUUUCCCGAGUCGUUUUGACCAGUCGCGCCCACGCACUUAACCUGGGCAAAAAUACGGUGUGUUUUGUAGUCUACUUGUGACCCCUCAACUUUUACAAUUCCCGAGAGGAGCACUCACUUGCAAGCUUGAAUUCUGAAGACGACACCAAAUAUUCGGUUACGUUUGGUGUUAAGUCUGCUUUGGGAGGCUUAUAUCUCUAUUUUCUCGGUUUUUUCCCCUCCCUUUAAAGACCAACAAUUAUUUCCCGCAAUUGGAAAUGGUAAUUUACUAGCUUGUGUUUUCUCCUUAUAGGUGGCACCAAAAGGAGAAAGAACCUUUGAUGGAGGAUGGACAAGCGGCUAUCAGGUAAAAAUUUAGAUUGGAUUCAGAAGUAAUCACUCAUUACGUCCGAUUAUUGAUGUAGACUGCAAGACAGUCCGUAUUUCAAGUACGAGCGAACAGUCAAACAAAAGGUCUGGAACGAGGCUGAAAACAGAGAGCGUGAGACUCUUACGCUAUUCGUACAUACGCUACCCUAAACCGAUUUUGAGAAAAAAAACCCGAAUAUUUUGCAGUCUUUUAUUGACGGGGUGCUUGGAAUUGUGUUACACCCAUAAAAGAUACGAUCAUUUUAACGUUGUUAAAAAAAAUUAUGGUAUUUAAAUGCACUAUUAGCUUUAAUUUCUCUCUUCUGAUAAUAUUUGUUUGUCCUGUCAAAUUUACAAAUGACUUUCUUUCUUUCUUAUUUUUCUUUUAGUCAGUACCUGACACAAAGUAGUUCAGAAGCUCACAUCAAGGGAGCGACAGCUUUGUGUUGUUUGUUUCAGGUAUUUUUUGUUAAUCCUCAUCCUAUGUGUUUAGCCUUCUUUAACCCUUAGUUUACGAUGAUUCUGUCCUUUAGACCUCAGCCAGGGUAGCUAAGCCGGGUCUUAAAAUAAAUGAGAAAUAAAGGUACUGCCAUUCGCGCUUCAGACGGCUCGACCUUCAUCUCAUUUGGAUGACCUCGUAGAAAUGAAGGUCUCCUCUCCAGUCGAAAACGAAAAAACAUUGCCGACAAUUAGUGCGUUUUGAAUGUUGCUAUAUUGCGUUUAAGUUUAUCAUACACUUAAUUUAUGUUCGUGUUAUUUAUAGGGAAUACAGGAGGCAGCUUCGUCCCUUCUCGGAAAAGAGGAAUUCCUGGGAAAAAUCCUUGCACUUGCGACAAGAACAGACCGGUUGUCACAGGUUUAUUAAAUGUUGUUUUUACGCCAUCGUUCAAUAAUUAUUUUGUACUUUCAAAUUGCUUUACGAGGCACAGUUACAGUUGUAGAAAAAGAAAUGUUUGUGAAAUGUCUUUUGCUUAUCACGGUCAUCUGUUUACUGUAAAAACAAAAAGUUUUCCGAUAUGAAAACGAUCUGUCUAUCUUGCGCGAGGAUUUUAUGGCGAUUUUGAACACAGGCAAGAAAAGUCUGUUACCCUUGUAAAGACCAGCAGAAGUAAAGUUGGAGCUAAAUUUCGCACCAUCUACCUUAAGUUUUAGGGUCAGGCUAGUGCUCGUUUUGUAAAAUGAAGAAACGUGUUGUCCUUUUGGCCAAAAAGUUUUUUCACAUUUUUUUUUUGCCUCAAUCCGUGCCAAUUAAAAGGACGUCAGGCUAUGUUCACAUGGUGCGAAUUGUCGACCGGUUGAAAAUUUGUGCGUUUAGGUGUUCCGUAGGUUUCCGUUUACACGUAUCCACCUCAACCUUAAGGGACGAAAAAACGGGCAAGAAAAAACGUGCAACUUGAUUUGCAACAUUGCUGCAUAACGAGUUGAAUAGCGAUGUUGCGCGUUUUACCACCUUUGUUUAAACCUGUUAACAACCUGGGCCCAGUUGCUCGAAGCAUGGUUAGCGUUAACCAGCGUUAAAUACCUUGACAACGUAUUGGUUUUGAUACUGCUUAACCAACGGUUAAAGCUAACCAUGCUUUGAGCAACUCAGCCCUGAUUUGUUGCAAGACAGGUUUAAUGUGGGUAGUAAAACGUGCAACAUCGCCAUUCAGCUCUUGCGGCAAUGUUGCAAAAGAAGUUGCACGUUUUUUUUGUUGCCCGUUUUUCCCAACCUUUAACGAAAACCUAGACCUCUAGUCACUCAAAGUUUUUUGUGAACAGAGCGAAAAUAUUAAUUGAACGGUCCCGUGUGAAAGUGUAACAAAGAUUUCAGUACACAUCGAAGAACGGAAGUUUCGCACUUAUAUUUAGUGGAAAUGUGGCUAUCGAGCUCUUUUGACUAAUUUUCUAAGUUGGUCAUAAAUGUUGCUCAGUAGCCUGUAUAUUAUAACAUGUAUGCCUAAAAGGAAUUUUGACUUUUUUUCCACUUUUUUACAGAUUGUCGCAUCUGAGACGUUAGCUUUAGGAGCCUCUGACAAGAAUCUAAGUACAGUGCUAAACACACAGGUAAAACAAAAACAAAAAACAGGAUGAGUCUAAGAACAGUUUUGUUCAAAUUUUUAAGGGUAACUAAAACGUUAGAUUAUUGAGUAGUAUCGAUGGAUUGAUAAGAAUCACUUAUAACUGAUUUUUCCCAGUAAAGCAUAUUUGAAAGCCUCCAACAAAGCCUCAAAACAACAAAUGCCUUAAUGAGCAAAACAACAACUCUGCACGUGCAUCACACUUUCAAGGAGCAACAACUCUGCAUAGGCAACAGACUUUUUGAUACAUUUCUUUGUUUUUCUCUGCACCACCACGACGUUAAGUUUCUCAAAGCGAAAAUGCAGUUUUAAAAAGCGAAAAUUCACGUAUAUUUGAUUUAACUGCCCUUUUUCGUUGCAUACGGAGCCUCCCACGCAGACGUUCUUAGGGGUUCGUCACGCGUGUUAUUCCUUACACUAAGAUGCGUCAGUAAACUUGUGUUUCUGAAAGAAAUGUUGUCAUGUUUAUGGCACUAUCGUAAUUAUUGCGAAGAUAUGAUUAUUAUUUUGGAAGUAUGACUAACUUUUUCUUUUGUUGGUAGGCCCUUCCUGUUCUAAAAGACUUGUACCAUCUGAAGGAUGAUAGUAUAAGAGUUCGAGCAUUAGUGGUAAGAACAUUUUAUUGUAAAUUUAGGUUUUUUACCAUUUACAAAAAGUUUCCGUAAAAACCUGGUAGAGAGUUAAUGGAACACGGCUUUUUGUGUCGUUCCAGUGAAAAUUUCGGGAACAUCUGAAAAGGAAGUUCUGAUUUUCCGGACGAAUUGUUUCAAAGGGAAAUUCGUGUUCCAUUUCUUCAAAGCUAUCUUUGUAUCAGGCCUUCGCGGCCGUUUUUUGGUAAAUGGAACUGACUUGUACAAAUAGUAAACACGAUUCCGGAAUGAUGUCUUGAAUUGCGCUUACCAUUUGCCCAAGUGGUGAACAACCUAUUGCUCAAGACCGUUUUCAGUAGACAGUUAUCUGCACUGACGUAAUGAUCUCUAGACCAAUCAAAACUUUAGAAACAAUUAAUAAUUUCAAUGAUAAUGUGUGCUAUUUUAGGGUCUAUGCAAGUUAGGCACCACAGGGGGAGGGACAGUCAAUGACCAGACCUUUGCUGAGGGGGCCACUCUCAAGUUGUACAAAUCAGUGCGAAGGUGAGAGCGUGGUGUUAUUCUGAAAGAACGAUCAUCUUCUGCAUACUAUUGGCCUUGAAGAUGACGUCGUAAUUUAUUUCCAAGAUCAACACAAAAUAGGAAGCUUGAGCGAUAAGGGCGGCGAGGGAAACGACCAAUAUUCGAUAAUUUGUCCGAGGUAGAGUAAUACCGACAAGUACGAAGGACGUGAAGUAACUUUUUAAGUGACCUUUUCCCUGGCGUCACCGAAGUGGUUGCUGAUUCUCCUUAAUAUUCAAUACCUACGGCUUUCUACCAUGGCACAGGGAGUCACGCCUCACAUCCGAAUACAACUGUUAGAGAAAAGAAUAAAAGAAACUGGUGUUUAUCGAUGCUGACAGUCUUUAGUAAAGGUCAUAUUGAAUUAUUCAUAUAUUUAUUCUCUGUAGUUUUUUGAACAAAUCAAAGAAGGAGAUGGAGCUGCGAAAGUGGGCAGCGGAGGGGUUGUCUUUCCUAACUAUGGACGCUGACGUUAAGGUACUGAGGAAUAAAUAAUUUGUAUCGAGUAAGAAAAAUGAACAUUAAAUCUACAGGCAAAGAAUACAUGUAUAUAUGUGCAUGAAAUACCAUUUCUGCACUCCCAUACAUUUUCGAAUGCAUCAUCCUAAAGACGUUCCAUUCAUCCCGUGGCUCACAUCGAACCACUUGCUGUUGUUCCAGAAGUAAAUGUAAAAACCAUUGCUAAGUGACAAAUUAUAACUGUUUUUAUAAAUUGCCUUGUUAGGAAACUUUUAUCGAAGAUCGAGAAGCACUGAGAGCACUUUUGGAGUUGGCAAAGGUGCUUAUUUAUUUUUUCCUGCAUUUUUUCUAGGCCCAUAAUAACAGAAAAAAAAUUGGGUGCGUUAUGCAGUCAUCUUGAAAGAACGGGCUUAGUUAUUUAAGGAUUUUUUACGUGACCAAAUCACAAUCUUUUUUAAGGGGACAAAGCGGGAAAUCCCGAGCGGACAAGGGCCCAUCAUGCCCGAUCGGGUAGCCGCUCGGAUAGCCAAUCAGAACACAGGAUUCGCUUUAUCUUGCCCUCUCGCGAGGCCAGCCAUGCAAUAAACUGAUUUAAAAGUUUACCAAUGUACGCUUCGUCUGAGCAGGUGGGCAACUCUUACGAAUUAAAUAUGUAGCUAGGCUCUUAUGGAAACUUUUAUGAAGUCAAGGAAAGGCAUUGGAGGGAACUUGAACACUCUGCUUUGGAUUGUAUUCAUAGUUGUUUUGCCCGGGGGGUGGGAAGAGGGGGGGGGGCUCCUGUUAAGGACAAUGUUUACCUUCCUUUGAUAGUAGAGAACUUUAGAUUUGAGGACGCCAAAGAACAAGUACGAGAUUUAACUUAAAGUUAUUGUGCGUGUUUAAAAAAAAUGAUACCCCGGAAAUCUUCAUUUUACUUUUUUUCACCAAAAAAUUUAGUUCGGUUAUUUAUACUGAAGGAGGUUAAGCCCUCUCCCGAUAGCAAAAUGAUAAAACUUCUUACAUUUGAUACUUUUUUCCCGCCAUUACGACAUUCUCCCUAAAACUCGCGUAGUAGAAUAACGACGGCUACCACGUUUUCCCGCCAAAAUGACGCUGGUUCACGUGUGAAGAGUACUCAGUAUUGAGAAAAUCUUGUACUCGUAGUCGUCCCCGUCUCAGAAUCUAAAGCUCUCUAUUUAGUGUCUGUACUACCAUAACUUUACUUAUAGAGCAAAUUACCUUUCUUUUGUUUUUGUUCGCCAGGCCAAAGAUGCUACUCUGUUGUAUGGGGUGUGCCAGACACUGGUCAACUUAACGAACACAUUUGAUAAACCAGAUAUCCCUGACGAAAUGAAGCAACUUGGAGAAUUUGCUCAAGUUAAACUGCCGAAAUUCUCUGAAAAGGUGAUUAAUGCAAAAAUCUAAGAGUUAGUAUUAAAGUCUUGCGAACGUUGUGUUAGUAAUGUCGGCUGCCUUCGCUAGAUCAUUAGGACACAUUUACAGAAGUGGUGCAUUUACCUUCUUUUUUUUCUCGUUUUUUUUUUCCAGGACGGAGAAGAGUAUGUGAAAAAAAGAAUCAAAAAACUUGUUGAAGUAAGUUAGCACUGAAAUUUUAGCUAACCAGAUUUUACUCGCGGGUACAUCUCCAUGUUUACACGCUCGCUGUCGCACCUGCCAGCACUUUUCCAGCGACACCAUCGUCUGUGGCCCUCAGCGUUCUUUUGUCACCAAGAAGGCGUUUUCUUGCCAAACGUCUGGCUUUGUUUAUUGCAUCUCCUGUCGCCGUUGCCCUUCCAUCUACAUUAAACAGGGCGUACACUAAGACAACGUUUUGGCGAGCAUCUUCGAAGCAUAGAGAAGAACUUUCCUGGUUUCCCUGUCGCGGAACAUUUUAGCACAACUUGCCACUCUAUCCACGACGCUCUAGUUCCCGGAAUUGUGCUCUGCGGGGAAAACGUGCAACGGAAGCGCCUGGAGAUGCGCCUUAUUUAUCAGCUUCGCACCAGUCAUCCGCGCGGAUUAAACUCCGUUUCCCCUUGGUUGACGCGUGAGCAUAGCAUAUGCAAACAUUGCAACGUUUCCUACGUACUUUGUAACUCCACUGAUGAAGGGCAAGGCCCGAAACGUUUGGAGAAAAUCUCAGACCAGAACACGGCACUUUUCAUUAUUUUUCUUUUUUUGUUGUUGUUCAACAUUCCCUUACUUACUUUCUAAAGCGCCACGCAGUUUAUCGGAAUUUUUUUUCCGUUAUUUGUUUGAUCUGAUUUUUCUGUGUCGUUUUAAACUAGUUAGGCGUACGUCUACACUAUACUGAAUGGCUUUUCAUAUAGACACGAAAAAUCCUCCGGCCUGGUAUUAACACUUGUUCACACUAUCACGAAGAGUUGCGCAGCAACCCGGUAUCCGAUAUGGUAACGAUCCAGUUUCAUGAUCGGUGCGGCGCAGCUUGGUAAUGUUUAAUAUAGAAACCGCUCCGAGACCACCAUUCUUCUGCUGUGUGAACAGAAGCGCCAUCCGAUAUGGUUUUCGUGCCGGCGUAAGAGCUAUCUGAUAUCGUGUAGACAAAGCCUAAAACAGGUGUAACUUGUUUUACCCAAUAAUUUUUUCUCUUUGUGUGAACAGGAAGGCCUCAUAUCUGCGCUUGUCAACCUGUCAAACACUGAGAGUGAUAACAGCAGAGAGAUGAUUUCAAGGUAACAACUCCAGAUAACUAUUAAACGAUGUGUUAUACUCGCCGUAUCAUGUUCGAAAUGAGAAUACCCAGUCUAAACAGACACGUUGCUGCAAAUUUUUGGUCUCUGUAUUUGAAGCUAGUGGAACGUUACAUUGUUUAAUUAGGUCAAAGUGAAAUUUUAGGCAAAAUUCAUUGAAUAAAUCUGUUUUUCACGUUAGUGAAACAAAGCUUUUCACUUUUUGACAAUGUAGUCACAGUCAAACCUCUUUAAUACGGGCACGAAAGGGACAGAACUAAGUGUCCGCUUUACAGAGGUGUCCGUAUUAUAGAGGUAGGGAAUGUAUGAUUUUUGGCAUUUCUGUGACCAAACGAACUGUCCGUAAUAGAGAGGUGUCCGGAAGGACAGGUUAGACUUUAUAUACUCUACCCCCAACUCCGCAUUAAACUCACGUUUCGUUUCCUUGUUUAGAGUUUUCAUGGGAAUCACAAAAGAACAGGAACACCGAGGAAUGACAGUACAGCAAGGUGGAGUCAAGGUUAGAAAGCCGUAUGUUUGUGAAGUAUACUGCUAAAGUCUGGCCUGUCCCAGGUAUUCAGAUAGUGGGGACGGCGUGAAGAUAUGUGAGCAGGAAAAACAACGAGGGGUGGGGUAGGGAGAGAAAGGCUAUCUGAAGUUUCACAGCGGUCAAACGAGUGAAAUUUGCAAAAGUUAAGCGAAAUACUUCAAAGUUAAGGUUGCUACUUUCACUGUCGCAAGUUUAGGGUAUUACCAACAUCCUGUUAGUUUACUAAACUUUUUAAAAGUUUACUAAAAAAGUUCUAAGUGAUUGAAAACCGAUGCUGACGUUAUUAUCGGCGCCAUUUUUGAACAUGAUUCCCUUUUGGCGCGAAGCGUUUUCAGUGAAAAAAGCUCAAAAUUUUGAGAAAAAUGGAAAGAUAGUUAUGUUGACCAACUGAUUUAUACAUCUUUGCCCAUUUUUCUCUAACUGGUAAAUGAAAUCCCAGCAAUAAAAAACAAAAAUAACGAUUUAGACGUUUGACCGCGGUGGUAUCUGAAGUAGUACUCCCAGAGCCAAUCUAUACCCUAAAUGCCAGAGGCACGUCUAAUGCGGUUUCCGGUUCUCGUUACACGGGAACUAAUUUGUAAGCGGCUUCCCCUCCGGUCAAUCCUGAGUGAACGAGAGUCUCGUAGACACGCAAAGAUAAAGGAUUAUCUGGGGGCACAGGCUACCCAAAGUGGGAUUAGUCAAGUUUUGGUUGAAUUAGUGAAGUGGUGUGAAGUAAAUGAUUACGAUAUUUCUUUGAGGUCUUCUUCGUGAGGGCCGCAGCAAAGCAGCUUUUAACAGUUCAGGCAAAAGGCAAUUUGUACCACUUGCCCAAGUUGAUCUCUUUCAUCGUUUGCUAUGACAUCUACACUAAAAUAGGUGUUUUCAUGCCAUUUUUAUUCAUAAACAUGUCUUUCUUUCUUUGUACACUUAUUAUUUGCUCACUUCUAAAUAUCGCACAUCGCUUCUAAACUGAGAAAUUGUCAACCAAUCUCGCUCGUUGUGUUUUUAGGGUGACUGGUUUUAAUCUGUUCCAAGUGGGUAUCCUUAGGUGUCAUUGUCAUUAUCAUUAUUUUGUGUCAUUAGGCACUGGUGUCUCUGGCCGCUCAAAACACAGAGAAGGGAGCAGACUUUGCCGCUCAGGCGGUGGCCAAGGUUGCCAUUACCAUGAAUCCUGAAGUGGCAUUCCCUGGACAGAGGGUAAGGCUAGUAGAAUAAUUAUACGUUUAACGAUUCAGCUGUACUAACCACCUACACAAAAAAUCCGAAUAUUGUGAAGGGGAGGGGAUGGGGGCUAUCUUGUUAAAUGUUUGUUAUUAGUUUAGGUCCACGCUGUUCACAGUCCCUAUUUUACCGUGUAAUUAUCGAGUUUGAUCGCCGAGUUCGUGAGAUUGUGAUCUUGAUUUCAUAUUCUUAUGCUUCGAAUGUACUCAUGGAGGGGGCAGACCUUCCAUUUGGCGGGAGGAAAUGCUCUGAAAUGUAUCUAAAAAUACCCCGCUACGUGAUAACGCCGUGACAUAUGCCUAGUAUGGGAGUUGCUCGCUCCGUGUUAUGGGCUCCUUGAAGAGUACAAUUCGCCUGUGGGGACAGGGGUGAGAGGUGCCUCCGACCCUGUUCUUGACGGGGAAUUUGCCGGCUGUCUUUCCAGCUUUCGCUCACCAUGGGAAGUCGAGAAGUCGGCCAUCGUCAACAGUUACUUCUAAACGUAGAGGACUGUGAGAAGUCUCGGCGUGAUAUGCUCGACGAUUCCAUUAAUUUUGUUAUUUAUUAUUACUACCGCACAUAAAAUAGAGAUAGAACACCACUGCCGGAAUCAAACGCUGUGACUUUUAUAUAUUUAUUUAUUUGUUUUGUUUGUAUUUUUUAUCACAUUUAAGGAUUUGAAAGGACAAUGAAACGUUAGAACCACGUUGUAAAGCGCAAUAAUAAUAUAAGUGAUAUCGUAGGAAGUAAUGGUUAAUUGCUUUCGCAGCAUAAAAUCAUCGACAAAACUGUUAAAACUGGGUUUAAGACAACUAAUGACUUAAUUUUGCGUUAUACUUGCAUGAUUAAAUUACUGAGGUUUUUCGUGAAACGAUCAUAAAUUUCGCUUUUUUUUUCUGUUGACAGUCAUUUGGCCUAAUUCGUCCUCUGCUCAAGUUGCUUCAUCCGUCAAAAACGGUAAGGCCUUUUAAUAACAUAACUACAAGCGUAACAACUAGACUGGAAGGUUCCCUUCCUUUAAAAGUUUCUCACGGUAAAAUCCAUCACUAGUUUUUCUUAGUUUGUUGACUGACUGGUUCAACCGGAACAAGCUCGCGAAAAAUCAUGCACCUGCUCGCCUUUUCCUGCCAGUCAUGAAGGCUUAAGGUUCUUUUGCUGGUUUUAACAAUUUAUUUUUUAGAGUACGGAGCCAGACGAAAUUUCUCACCGAAGCAAACCAGCGAAAUAUAGCCACCUUAGCCAUAUAUUUGAUGGAAAGGCACACAACCUUGAUACUGACAACGAGGGUGCUGUUUUAUUUCACAUUGGCAUGUUUGGUGUUUUUUGGCUCCUUCUAUAUUGAUUUAUUUGUCCUGCAUUUUUAGGGUCUACAACAGUUCGAAUCCCUAAUGGCGCUUACAAACUUGGCUCAGAUGAACGAUGAAGUCAGGUAUGAGGUUCGAGAUAUGUUUGUUUUGUUCUUUCUAUAUAGAGAGCGAUUUUCGUGUGACCUUGAAAUGAAAACGCGCAAAUAAAACAGAAACAGCAAACGAACGGAAAGAGAGCGAUUUGAUUGGUUAAUCGUACGGAUACAAACGCGCGUGCCUUUCGAUUGGUUAAGCAAACGCUCGGGUGAAAAAACUUCAUGCCCGAGAACUUUCUAGAAUUCAAUCGAUACUUUGCUUUGACGUCAUACUGCAACACAAUUGGCCAAUCGAACAAUGCCCCCUCCAUAUUAGUUUAUUUUUGGCGGGAAAACGAAGAGUCUAUGUUCUGAUCUUUUCAUCCAUUGGCUGAUAAAACAAAUAACGAACACUUACCAAAACCAUUUUUCAAUGUCAUGCGAAAAUCGCUCCGUUUCUUAAACCACUUCACGACAAGAACGUGGUAUAGGUAAGCACUAGUUUUGAAAAACUGCAAAACAGCCGUAUUUUUGUGUUGUUCUAGAAUGUAGGUACUUGUUUGACAAGGCGCACAUUUGUUGCGUUUCGCGCGAGUUUCGCCACCGCCCCUUCCGCCUCGCGCCUUGCUUUUGUACAGAGCGAUUUUGACUGUUUCUUUUUCGCGUGUUAUAGACGUCAUAUUGUGAAGGAGAAAGGUUUUCCUUUGAUCGAGAGCCUGAUGUUCGAGGACCAUGACCUGAUAAAAAGAGCUGCUACUGAGUGCAUGUGUAACAUGGUUAUGUGUGAAGAGGUAAGAAAUUUAAAACUUCAAACUUGUUAAAAGGUAAAUGCUGACCCCCUUCUUUGCAUUCCGCGUAGACUGUUCUGUUCCUAUCCCAUGUUCUCCAUAGUUUUAGCCACUUCCUCAGCACCUGCCUGCUCUCAAUGCCACGUUUAUUUCUCUGUUUUGAAAAUUAUUUUAGGACAAAUCUAUGCCAAAUCAGAACACUCAUGUUGCAGGUUUUCAUCGGAGACCGCUUUUCUCUUUAACUCCCAGGCCCCAGUUGUUCAAAAGCUGGAUAGCACUAUCAACCGAAUAAAUCGCUAUCCAUUGGAUAAAUAUUAGGGAAACCUAUUGCGCUAUCCAUUGGAUAGAGAUAUAUCUGGUGGGUAGCGCUAUCCAGCUUUCGAACAACUGGGACCUGGUUUCUUAACUACAGGUGUUUAAAAUGUUUGAAAAAGAGGAUACUCCAACCGAGAGAGUGAAGCUGAUGACGCUGCUUUCCGGAGAGGACGAAUUUCAGCUGGCACGGUGAGAUUUUUUUCCCCUUUAAUCCUCCAGUUCUCAAGACUGACCAACAUAAGUUUUCUCCUAAUAUCAAUACAUAGUCAAAAGAAAAGGUUAUGAGAAUUUUUGAAAUGAUCGCCAGAAGAAAAAUGCCGUCAAUUUUUGUCAAUUAAAUGUGUGGAGAUCAGUCUGAGAAUCUGCAUCUAGAUAUUUGCCACUUGAGGGAGUUGUUACGUCCGCUUGCACGUACCUAAAAGUUUGACCGGUUUCAAACUUUGCGCAACAACAUGCAACCACAUCCAACAACAUGCAACAGGGUGCGCAAACGGACGCAACAUGUAACAUCCAACAAUGUUGGGAGUUGUUGGCCAACAAUGUGGCGUUCGUUUGUAUGGGGCUUAAGAGCCGAGUACCUUGUCCCCUCCCUCCCCCCCCCCCCUUACGUUUUCGCCGCGGGGGGAAGGGUACUGCUACACGUAGGCAAGUCGUCCAUUGAUGGUUUAGUCUUUUGUUUUGUCAUCAUUCCAUGUCAACUUGUUUUCGUUUGAUUAUUUCUUGUGUCUGUCUUAACUUAUAGGGCAGCCUCGGGUGCAUUAGCGGUCCUCUCGUCCAGUGAGAAAGUCUGUAAUCAAGUAAUUAAGGUACUAUUAUCAAACAUAUUAUACCCUUCUUACAAGCGCUUCUCCACUUCAAAGCGUGCACGUGAGUUCUCGACCCCUCUUGAUUAUUACGCAUGACACAGGGCCUCGCACGGCCAUGAGACCAGAGGCUCUGGUGACGAGAAUGGUCGCAUACGCAGGACUUACGCAGGACGCGCAAAAUAGUGAAUUGUCAAGAUGUCCGGGGUUAUAUAUUGCGUAUAGUAUUACACGCGCAAGCGUUCCCAAGUAAAAGAAUAAACUGAAAUACAUGAAUAGAGUUCAACCGCAUUAGAGGGGGAAAAAUAUGGCUUUACACGACGAGCGAAUGGUGUCAGGUUGCUAUGGGAUUUGAGGCUCAGUAGGGGGACAGCUCAUGUAGCACCCAAGUAUUUAUUAAUCUUACGAGUUGCGUUUUUUUUCUUUAUAGGUUUCGUCUUACAUGGAUAUACAAAAGCAGUUGCUGGUGUCUGACAAAAAAGAGUUGAGACACAGGUAACGUUAUGCUAUCGUCUUUUGUUGGUAAUUUGGUUUUCAAAAUUGACUUGCUGAACCGGUUAAGACUCCUUCGCAGACAUUUUCUUCGCUUGUCACGCAACGACUUUCCCAUGUGUCAGAGAGGAUUGCGUGACGAGCCAAAAAACGUCUAAGUCUUCACCAAGAAGCUGGUUUGGACAUCGGAUUAGUUCAUUGAAUUUUUCGUGUAUGUUUUAAGUAAUUAAGUAGUUAUUGUCUUUGUUUCGGUUUUAAGAGCACGUGAUUAAAUAGUAUAUUUUCAAUUGUGGUACCUCUUGAGCUCCUAAGUUGUUUGGAAAUCUACGCUACAGCUGCUUUUUUUCUUUUCCGAUUUAUAAGGUAAUGUGUAUUUGGGAAAUGGUAAUAAUCUCUCAGCGUCCUUGGUUGAUAGUCUCGAGCUUUAAUUUCUUCUUGAUUAUCCUUUUUUCUGUAAUUUACAGGGGAGCGCACAUUGCCGCCAACAUGAUCGCUUCAAACAAGGAAAUCGCCACUAAGGUGGGAAGAGCAUAUUCCAGUAACCUAAUAAGUGAUUGACUGACUCACCUUACAAUCGACCGACCAACCGAACAACCAAGCGACCAACCCGAACUACUGGCCGACUGAACAACCGACCGCUGAACGACGGACGACUUGAAUGAAUGACUACUGACUGUCUAAUUAAUGACUGACUCAUUAGACUAACUGGCUGGCGAAUUUAAUGCCUAUUCUGACUGUUUCAUUUCAGAUCAUUGAAAGCGAAAUCCUCGAAGUUCUGAUGGUAUUCUCCAAAGACACUGAUCCUGAGAUGUCCAAGGCUCGAGAAUGCGCAGAAAGGGCGUUGCAAGCUGCUGUAGAAAUGAAUCUUAUUAAGCGAAAUGACGAACAAAAUUGA